AUGGAGAUUUUUCAACAUGGCAAGAUUAUGUUCGGCGAGUUCGGCUGGCUUGGGAGCAGACUCGCAAGCGACGGCGACGACACCUCGGAACUUGACCACGGCCUUCUCACGCGACCUGACGGUGCUCGCUAUCUCUUGGAAUUCCUCGAGAAGCGACUUGGUAAAGUUCCCAUACCGGAUGCAGGCGCCAAGGCGGAGGAGCUGUUGGUCCGACCCUACUUCUCCUGGGAGCCCAACAACGCGAAGUGCGCUGAGUUCCUCACCUACGGCCAGGUGCUCCUGAAGGUGAUGAUCAGGAAGAUCAAGAUCGUGAUGAAGAAGAAGAUGAUGCGGGAGAACCUCCAGAAGCAGAACCGACAUGGUGCUCAGAACAUCUGGCAGGAUUUGGACACCCAGCUACCUCCUGCUCUGCCAGAUGAGUUGCUUGGUUGGAUUAUGCUGCGCCGCUCCGGCCUGAACCCCACGCAGCGGCUUAACGUGCUUUCCGCCAUCCAGAACUCCCUGAAGGCGGAGGCUGUCGAGAGGGGACUUCGAGCAGCAGAAGAAGAGCUCAGGUUCAUGGAGCGCGAUUCUGGAAAAGGGCAUGGUGGUGGAAAAGGACGUGGAGGCCGCUCGUUCUGGGUGGAGCAGGACGGUCAGUGGGGCAUCUUGCUGAGCAGCGAAGACAUUUUUGAGGACAUCACCGACCAGGCGAGCAUCCACUGGGUUGAGGCUCCAUCUCACGCGCCAGUGGAGGAAGCUUUCACAGCGGAACUUGCGGUGGACCCCUACAUCGAGCAGUUCUGGAAUCAUGAGGAUGACGGAGCCUACACCCUGUGGAAGCAAGACCCGAUGGACGGUGAGUACUACUUCCAGGACGGCAACGGUGUGUUUUGGUCCUGGAGUCAGUGGGAGACGGAGGCAGCCUGGUGGGCGGCCACCCCGGAGGAGCAGAAGCAACAGACCGACGCCGCCACCUUCUACCAGGACAAGCCGCGGACCUUUUCCCAGGCCCGGCAGCUCAUGGCAGCCAAAGGGGCCUCCCGAGGCUACUAUGGCAAGGGCAAAGGAAAAGGGAAGAAGGGCGGUGGCAAAACCAAGGGACAGCCCACUCAGGCAGUGCUGGCAGCUACGACCACUUCUACUCCUUCGGCACCGGUGCUGCCCUCAGUUUUGGAGGCCACCCCCGGCGCUCCGGGAUAUUCGGGUUGCUUCAUUUGCGGGGACAAGUCACACGAUUUCCGUCAUUGCCCUCGACGUGGAAAAGGAAAAGGGACAGGCAAGACCUACGGCAAGGGCCACGUCUCCUUUGCGGACCAGGUCUUCUCUGUGGACGAAGUGGAAGUGGAUGAAGAUGAUUGGGUUAAUCCCAACUCUGCAGUUCGUCCUCUGUUUCCUCCUGGUGAACCUUAUCCAGAAACCGAGACCGAAGACGGGGACAGUGCAGUCGAGCCUGCCUCCCCAGCUCGUGGGGCUCCAGCAGGAACCCAGCCAGAUGGGGAGACCUUUGUGGUUGAGCCUGACUCUCCAGCCCGGAUGACUUUUCCCGGAGGUCACCCUGGUGGAGAGUCCAUCUCCCCCGCUCCUGCAGUCCCCGGGAUCAUCCUCAUGGCCAUUCAGCACCCAGACGUGGAAGGUUUCGGCGUUCUGGACACGGGUGCCACGGAGACAGUGGCUUCACUUGGCGCGGUCGAGAAGAUCUUGGAGGGCCGCCGCUUGAACGGGUUGAUCAAUGAGCCUGUGUCCGUGGUACCGCAGGAGAAGAAGUGCUUUCGUUUUGGCAAUGGGCAGAGGCAGUUCUCCGAGUCCUACAUGCUCCUGCCCCAGACGGUGGGUGGACAACUCUUUCACUUGGGUGUCUACACCUUGGACGCGGAGGGUGUGCCAUUGCUCAUCGGGGCCCGCACCCUGGAGAAGUUGCAGGCGAUCAUUGACCUUGGUAAGAGCCUCAUGGUCAUGAAGGCGGUGGAUCCCUACCUGGUGAUUCCCCUCAUCCGAUCCACCACCGGCCACUUCCUCCUAAACAUGCGGACGGAUUGGAUGGGGUAUGGACAGCGAAUUCCCAUCACUCCGAACUUCAUGCACUACCAAGAUCCGAGGACCUCACCAAUGGAAGCGUCCUCGACUCCCUCAACAGCAGCUUCGUCCGCAAAGGGCAAGUCCAAGGGCAAGCCCAAGUCCAAGCAGGACACGACUGGCAAGAACCUGCUGAAGUACGACGAGGCUCGCUCCACCGGUCCAGAUCCCCGGGACCCGCGCACCACGGGGGAGCCCUGCUGGGGGAAUCAUCUUCCAGCCGCUCCAUAUCGUGGCUCGGUGAGCGGGGCAAACGGCCACGCCAAGUGGGUCGGUUGCGAGAGGUGCAAGCUGCGCCUGUCGUACACCCCGGCUUUCGGAGCGACUGGGAUUCAUCGGUCGGCAGGUCCCUUGCCGGUGGACACCACAGCUCAGGUCGAGAAGCUCAAGAACGAAGCUCCAUUUCAUCCGCAGAUGCGAGACAAGACCAUCGCCCUGGAUGGAGCCGAGAAGAGCCUCCUCGACCGCCUCGCCAAGAUCCAGUCCCAGAAGGCCGAGCACUACCGGAAGUCCGGCAUCACCCCGGAGACCGCGAAGCCCCAGGAGACCGAGAAGGGCACGACCAGGGAGACCGAGAACAAGUCCGAGGGAGGUCGCAAAGCAGGCCGCAAGUCCGAGGAGGGCCCGGAGGCCCUGGAGUAUGCCAACCGGCCCUCUACCAGAGAGAGCAAGUUCAGGAGCUUGGCCACGACCAAAUCAACUUCCUCAUGCAGCAAGGUUGGGAACAUGGAUGAGAUCUUCAAUGCCCAUGGAGUACCUCCAGAGAAGUGGGAUGUCUUGGAGCUUUGCUGCGAGGAGGAGAGCCUACUCACCAAGACCAUCAUCCAACAAGGUGGACGUGCCGGUCGGGCCGGAUUGUUCAACUCCUGCGACCUCCAGAAGGCUGAUGGCCUUGAAAGAGCCAAGCAACUUGUACGUGAUCAUCGCCCUUCGUGGAUCUGGGUAUCCUUUCCGUGUAGUGCCGAAUCCCAGAUCCAGAACCUCAACGAGAUCACGGAGGAAGGACGCCUUAAGAGCUGGAAACGCCGAGCUCGAAGUCGACGUCUUGUCACUCGUGGCCUAGAAGUUCUUCGGCUACAUCUUGAACUUGGAGGCCGCAUUGCUUGGGAAUGGCCUCGCCACAACGGUGGGUGGAGGCUGCCCAUGGUCGUCAAGUUCUGGCAAGAGCUUGACCAUCAGGGCCGUUGCCACGACAUCUUUGUGGAUGGGUGCCAGUACGGGAUCCAGCACAAGGGCGUCCCUGUCAAGAAGCCUUGGAGAAUCCGAGUAACAGACCCCAUGCACUUCCAUCACAUUGCCCGUGAAUGCCCUAUGGACCAUCGACACGCUCCAUGUCUGGGCGGAGGACUUCCUGAACGAACUGGUCGAUACUCUCCUGAGUUCUGUCGAGCAGUCAGCAAGGCACUACUUCAGCCCUUUGAGGAGGUGUUCACCGUGGAAGAGCCGAGCAUCACCUCCAUUCAGACGCUUACCGACCAGGAGCUUCAGAAGUUAGCCCUGAACGUCCUCCAGCUUCAUCGACGGAGUGGGCAUCCUAGCAAUCGCGCUCUAGUCAAAGCUCUGAAGGCUAGAGGCGCAGAUGAGAAGAUGCUGAUCAUCGCCCAGAACAUCAGGUGCGAUGAAUGUGUCGAAGGUCAGAUGGCAACUCCGGCUACUCGGGUGUCUUUGGAGAAGGCAGAAGUACUCUGGGACACCGUGCAAGCGGACACCUUUUACAUGCGGGUUGGCCAGGUGGUACACCACUUCCUCCUCUUCGUGGACGAGGCCUCAGGGUUCUGCGUGGUGGAGGAGAUCAUCCAGCACGAGGACGACCAGGCUGAGAAUGUGGCCACCCCGGAGGUGUUGGAGGUCUUCCAGCGGGUGUGGAUCCAGAUCUUUGGCAUCCCCAGGCGCUUCAGGUGUGACCCAGAAGGAUGUUUUCGUGGACGCCUUCUCGAAGAUUUCUGUGCGGACCGCGGGAUUGAGCUCAUCCACGUCCCGGCGGAGCAUCACUCUUCAACUGGAGAUGUUGAGCGUGCUGUGGGAGACCUUCGGCGAAAGAUGGAGCUGUUCCUUCGUGAAGUUCGUACCUCAUCCCCGAAAGAGGCAGCGUAUGCCAUGGCCGCGGCUCACAACACCGAGGCCCGUGUGGGUGGCUUCGCUCCAAUCCAAUGGGCAUGGGGACGUUUUCCCAAUGAUGAAGACCGACUGCCCAUCACCGUCAAUCAGCAUGUUCCUGGACAUCCUCUGCAGCAGCAUCUCCAACUUCGAAGGCGAGCAGAGGAGUUCUACAAGGACCAGCACUACAAGCAGAAGCUCAGCAGGGCGGUCAACACCCGGGCACCUCCCAGCAAGCAGUUCAUUCCUGGUGACCUGGUCUACUACCGACGGCAUAAAGCUCCUCGUGAUCGGCCAGGUCAUGAAGUUGUGGAUGUGACUCGACUCCGAGUCGCAAGAUGGUUUGGUCCCGGCCGAGUCCUUGCCGCCGAGACCAAGGUUCAUGAAGAAGGUAGCCGACGUCUGCCUUCUACCAGCGUCUGGAUCAUUUCUCAAGGACGCCUCAAGAAGAUCCAUGCUGACCAACUGCGGCACGCCUCCGAGAGAGAGAAGCUCAUAGCUGAGGCCACUGGCACAGUUACUUUGCCCUGGACUUUCAGUUCUCUCACCGAGUUGAUGAAGAAAGGAAUGAACUUCGUGGUCGGAGCCGGAGCCGAGCUCGCGAAGAGCGCCGAGCCCUACCUCAUGAACAACCACCUGGAAUUGCGGAGGACUCUGAUGAAGAGCUGA